AUGGACUCAAAUUCAUACAUUAAAAGAAAUUCUUCUUCUCAUGAAGAUUCUUAUUAUUAUUCUUCAACUCAUUACUUUCCUUAUAAUCAAUAUUACCAGCAGCAAGAAAUCAGGACUCGCCGGAAACAGCCGCCGCCGCUGCCGGCAUUCACCGCAUCCCUCCACUGCGUCCGUAAGUUUCCGACGAAGAAAUUUAUUACCAAGAAAUUACCGAUCGCACCUCUUCCGCGGACCCCACCGAAGCUCUACAAGGUGAGCCCCGCCGAUUUCAAGGAUGCCGUUCAGAAGCUAACCGGUGCUUCGUCGGGGUUCACGCGGCUGCAGGAGGUGGCUCCGCCGCCUCUCAGCGUCCCUCCGCCAGCUUACUUUCAUCCGGCUUCACCGUAUUGGGAUGCUACUGCUAAUAUUGUGGCUAAAGAUGAAAAAGAAGAAGAGAAAAAUUUUCGAAAAUCGUAUGAGAAUAAUAAUAAUUGUGGAUCAGUUAUUAUAAGUCCAAUUGAUUUUAGCUUGUCACCUUCAUCACUCGCUUGGUGUUGGUCUGUACUUAUGAGUCCCGAAGUUGUUUAGAUUGCUCGCUUAAUUAUUUUUGUUUCAUAUUA